UAUUAACAUAUCACUGCUUCAUAGCCCAGGGACAAACGUAUAACUGGGAGGAGGGAGUGGUUCCUCCCAUCUCCCCUAUUCUCACGUUCCCUUCCCUCCUUCCGCCUCCUCGCCGGGGUACCACGUGACCUCCACCCACGCCCCGCCCAUUCCACGUGACGUGGCAUUCCGGCGUUGUCGCAGGCUGAUGUGCGAACGCGGAUGUUGGUCGUGGAUCAUUCACUACGGAUAAAAACCCUUUAACGCUUCUUCCCCCUCCCCCCCCUCGCCGACAGAAAUGGAGCAACUGGCCCCUAUGCGGCUCUACACCCUGUCCAAACGACUGUUCGUCUUGGUGUUCGUGGUGUUCCUGGUAUGCUUCGGCCUCACAGUCUUCAUCGGGAUUGCAGGUCCCCGGAUUAUUGCUCAGCAAGAGCACAGCGGCGAUCAGUUACUGGCCAAGAAUGUCUCCGUGAAGACUGGGCCCUUCAAUCUCGUUUCUCCUCCCCUCACCACCUACAACCAGCAGCUGUGGCUCACCUGUGUGAUGCGGGCUGAAAACAGCAAUAUGGGAGACUUCCAGCAGCCUUUAGAGAUCAACGUUGAGCUCAAGGGAGUGAUGCAGGACGCCAGCGUGAUGGACAUCAACCACGUGCACCAGAAAUCCCGAACGCUGCACUGCGGGACUAAAUGUGAUGAGAUAAUUGUGCUCCAUCUGGGCUUCCUGAACUACACCCAGUAUCAAGUUGUGGUCAGCUUCAAGGGCCUUGAAAAUAUCACAUAUGAAAUCAAGGUCACGUUUGUGUGGAAAAUGUAUAAUCCCACCUUCUCGCAAGUGGAAAUCUGGUUCCGGUUUGUCUUCGUGGUGUUGACCUUCAUGGUGACGUGUAUGUUUGCUCAUUCUCUGAGGAAAUUUUCUAUGAGAGACUGGGGCAUAGAGCAGAAGUGGAUGUCCAUCCUGCUCCCAUUGCUGCUACUAUACAAUGAUCCGUUCUUCCCACUGUCAUUCCUGGUGAACAGCUGGUUUCCUGGAAUGCUGGAUGCGUUCUUUCAGGCUCUGUUCCUUUGUUCUCUGCUGCUCUUCUGGCUCUGUGUUUACCAUGGCAUCAGAGUCCAGGGUGAGAGGAAAUUCCUGACAUUCUACCUGCCCAAGUUGAUCAUUGUCGGUCUUCUGUGGCUCUCGGCGGUUACGCUGGGCAUUUGGCAAACGGUUAAUGAACUCCAGGAUCCCACCUAUCGAUAUAAAGUGGAUAUGGUGAACUUCCAGGGCAUGAAGGUCUUCUUCCUGAUUGUAGUUGCCCUCUACAUCCUCUACCUGAUUUUCCUGAUUGUCAGAGCAUGUUCUGAGCUCAAGAACAUGCCUUACUCAGAUCUCCGGCUAAAGUUUUUGACAGCGUUAACAUUUGUGGUGCUCAUUAUAAGCAUGGUCAUUCUCUAUCUGAGGUUUGGUGCCAAGGCUCUUCAAGACAAUUUUGUGGCAGAAUUGUCUACUCAUUACCAAAACUCAGCUGAAUUUUUAUCCUUCUAUGGCCUACUCAACUUCUACUUGUACACAUUAGCAUUUGUGUAUUCCCCCUCCAAAAAUGCCCUUUACGACUCUCAGUUGAAGGAUAAUCCUGCUUUCUCCAUGCUAAAUGACUCGGACGAUGAAGUUAUAUACGGGAGUGAUUACGAAGACAUGCCUUUGCAAAACGGACGCGCUAUCAAAGCAACCACCAAGUACCAGGAUGAGACUGACAGUGACUGAAUCUCUGACCGCUCCUCACCCCCGUGUCCCCGUUGGAAACUAUGAGAAGACAUUAAAACAACAAUCAUGUCUGUGUUGUACAUACAGAGUAUUGGAAUGAUAUAUUGUAAGUGUACAUAAAUCUAUUUUUAAAAAGAUAUGCUCCAUGUCUACUGAAUGUACUGUAAUUUCACUGAAAGUUGACGCAUGUAGCUGCUGUUUUUUUUUUCUCCAUUGUUUAUGCUUUCAGUCAAAUGUACAACAAAACAAUUUCUUAUUAACUUGAAAACUAUUUUUCACAACCUUAGUUAAUAAUGAUCGGGAAAAGUGCUAAUAUUAUUAUUAUUAAUUAUUCUGGUUGAUGAAAUCAAUGUUAUUUUUCUUGCGUUGUGUUGGACCACUGUUGUCUUUCUAUACUUCUACUGUGUUGUCUUUGCCAUUCCUUUCUGCUCUCCGACUGUCUGAGAAUAAUAGCAGUGUUGGCUGUAGACAACUUCUCCUUGUCCUCAGAUGUGUUUUAUUUUAAACGCAGAGAGAACUUUAACUGGAGGAAGGUUACUACUGAUCUCCCACACUGCUCUCUUUUCUCAGAAAGCAGCUUUGUAAUUGCACUUCUUAAUUACUUUAUUUAUUUUCUCUGAAAAGUAAUGACGGGAUACUGUAUGGCUCAUGACUUGGAUGGAUGGAUUUUGAUGAAUAGCCUGGAUUUUAAUUGAUGAUUUGUUAAGGGACUACUGAUUUAUUAUGUUAAACAUUUCAUAUCCCAUUACAUAUAGUAGUUAAACCUUUGGCCAAAUAUAUUUUUGCCUUAUGUAGAACAUACGAUUUAAAGUAAACUAUAUAUUUUUGGUCUGUAACUUUCUUUUCUAUUACCGCCAAUGUGUGAAUCGCAGCCCUUUCCUUUGUUUUAUCAAACUGGAGCUUAUGGAAAAACAGCCAAAACAAGUGUGUCUGUUCUUUGCAAAUAAUAUCUUAAACAUGGAUUCUUAUCAAGAUGGUGCCUUGUCUACACAUCACAUUUUUCUCAUAAACGGGCUGCCGGCUUAAAGUUUCAAAUGCUUUCUUAGAUAAAAUGUACAUGUUUGAUUCUUUUCAGUAUGAAUGUAGUAAAUGUUGGUUCGAGGUAGUUAAAUGAGGUUGAGAGUCCUGAUAUCGCGCAAGUUCUUGCGUUUGUUGUUGCUUCAUGAGGCAAAAGUUGUACAUGUAGCACUCUGUCAUGUCACAUGUAAAUAAAGCAAGUAUAUACAAAAUA